AUGGCUGAGCAAGACACCUUGCAAGCCGGGAAAAGGCGUCGAGGAGACUCCAACGACAUCAGUUUUGACACAAACGACGUUCUUGAGCAUGGCCAAAGAACAGACGAAAGGACUACAAAGCGUGCCCGUAGCGCAAUCGAUGAGGACGUGGCUUCUCCGACAGAGUCUCCACCAUAUCUAGUCGUCCAUAUGGUUAAAUGCGACGCCGAAGGUAAUCACAGAGAUCAUGACAUGGAGGCCACGUACUUGGAUAUUCCACAACUAUUUGAAGGCGACAGCAAAGCAAGCGUCCUUCGCGGCCAGGUACCGAUCGAUGAAGACGAACUCCAUCCCGACAUGCUGGAAGAACGUGGCGUCAAUUUUGUGGUAUACAAAAACUACGAUUGCAGAGCAUACCACGAAAACGUUAAAGACGACUUCAUUCCGCUUCCGCUGCCGCAGAUCAAACGAGAAGUGUUGACAGGUCUGAAGGCUCACUUCUUCUCCUUGCCUGAAAACGGUGACGAAGCUACACCCAAUUGGGAGUACAUUGACAAACUCUCUACAUCACUCAAGAAAUCGCUUGAAAUAGUAGGAAAGAUCAAUCUCAGCCGUUUACAGCACCUUAGCUUCGAAGCUCCAUACACGGGAUUCUAUCAUGCGCGAUCACUCCUGGAUGACCACGCUACCGGCCGCUCUGGUGUUUUGAGCGAGUUGCAUCAGGAUAACCUAAGUUCGCUUCUGCACUACGUUCUGAAGUCUUGCGCAGACGAUUACGAAGCUGCAGAUGCACUUUUUGCCCAGGGAUUGGUAGAGAGACGACAUUUUCUGAAGCUAUUUCCACCAGACGAAGUCGUAGUCGACCCUCAGAGCACAGAGCCGGUAGCAUAUGUUACUUCAUCUUGCGUGCAGAAUCAUGACUUCGAACUUCUUAUCACCUGCUGGAAUUGGCAGUAUGACGGCGUCUUCCGAAGAAAGGUUACCACGCGCAAGAUCACUUGGCCAUCGUAUGACGACCAGAUUCCGAUAUCUAGACUACCCGUGUAUCCGCUGCGAUUUGAUACAUCUGGAUUGGAGCAGCGAUUACGGAAGCGAGGUAAAUUGUUCUGGGAUUGUCGGAAACGCAAGUUCGUUAGCUAUGAAUCUUCGAGUUCGCCUUUGGAGUUGCAGACAGGCAAUCCACGAUACAUGAUAGAUAUCGCCACUUACAAGCAAUUGCAUCCUGAUGCACCUCAGGCUCCGCAGAACGAUGAUACAGACCUCGAUGCUACUGAUCUGGAAUCUCCGCCAGACGACCCGUUCGUUCUCCUUCUCCCGGCAACCAUCCGUGGCUAUGGAUUUCAUGAUAAGAAGUGGAACAUGCUUUCUUUAGAGCACAUUCGCGAAGUAGUCUGGGGCAGUGAUGCCUUCGAACGCCGCCUAGUCUUGAAAAGCCAGAAAAAGGAGCUCAUAAAGGCCCUCAUAACCGUACACAUUGCCGUCAACAACUCGUACCGAAGCGACAUCAUCGAGGGAAAAGGGAAGGGGUUGAUAAUCAUGCUCCAUGGUGGACCGGGAACGGGAAAGACAUUGACCGCCGAGAGCGUGGCGGAGCUCGCGGAAAAGCCUCUCUACAGAGUUACCUGCGGCGACAUCGGCACUGAUCCUGAAGGCGUGGAGAAAUACCUCGAGUCCGUUCUCUAUAUUGGGACGAUUUGGGGAUGUGUAGUCCUUCUUGACGAAGCUGACGUUUUUCUGGAGGAGAGGGUCCCGACUGACCUCCAACGGAAUGCACUAGUUUCGGUGUUUCUUCGAGUACUGGAGUACUACGACGGUAUUUUGAUCCUGACAUCCAACCGCGUUGGGACUUUUGACGAGGCGUUCAAGUCAAGAGUGCAACUAGCGAUGCAUUACCCGCCACUAGAUCUGAACGGACGCUGGCAAAUAUGGAGAGAUUUUCUGAAAUCUAUGGUGCGAGAUGGCGAGAACGUAGAUGAUGAGGAGAUCGGAGAUAAGCUUGAGCUGUUAGCGCGCUCCGAGCUCAAUGGGAGACAGAUCAGAAACACUGUCAACACUGCCAGGCAGCUGGCGCUGUACAAGAAGGAGAGACUUGCGUAUAAGCACUUUGAACAGGCUAUCGACGUCACGAACGAGUUCGAGGAGUACAUCAAUAAAGCGCAGGGGCAUAAGGAUGAAGAAUACGCGAGGAUGCAGGGGCAUAGACACUGA